AUGGUCAACACCACCAUGUUCUUUGACAUCACCGUUGACGGCAAGCCCUUGGGCCGCGUCUCCUUUGAGCUGUUUGUAGACAAAGUUCCAAAGACAGCAGAAAACUUUUGUUCUCUGAGUGCUGGAGAGAAAGGAUUUGGUUAUAAGGGUUCUUGCUUUCACAGAAUUAUUGCAGGGUUUAUGUGCCAGGGUGGUGACUUUCCACGCCAUAAUGGCACUGGCAGCCCAUCCAUCUGCACUGCUAAGACUGAAUGGUUGGAUGGCAAGCAUGUGGUUUUUGGCAAGGUGAAAAAGGGAAUGAAUGUUGUGCAAGCCAUGGAGGGCUUUGGCUCCAAGAAUGGCAAGACCAGCAAGAAGAUCACCAUUGCUGACUGUGGACAACUCUAA